GCUCGCUGGAGCAACCUUAAUAUGACCGGCUCGCUGUACUGACAACGUAACCCUUACAGUGAUGUUGUGUGUCGUCCUGAGCUACUGCGUGUUUUAUGGCGUCCUGGUCUGGUACCUGGACAACGUGUGGCCGUGGCAGUACGGUAUUCCCAAGGAGCCCUUCUUUUUCGCCAAAGUGCGCUACUGGUACCCCAAAGCGCCCCAAAAUUUCCAGCAUCAGAGGAAGGAUGCCACGGAAGCUAGCGUUCCGCUUGAGAGCGUCGGAGAUCGUGACAAUCCUGGCAUAGUGCUGGACAACGUCACAAAGAUAUACCAGGGCAGAACUGUGGCCCUCCGUCGUGUCAGCCUCAAGGCGUACCCUGGUGACGUCACCGUGCUUCUAGGCCGCAACGGUGCGGGCAAGACGACUCUGCUGCGGCUCAUUACGGGUCUCGAGCAGGCGUCCGCCGGCAGCGUCUACGUGGCGGGCCACAAUGUGGCGCUAAACACGGACGCGGCGCGCCGCUCCAUGGGCUUCUGUCCUCAGGAGAACAUCCUCUUCCUCGGCCUCACCGUCUUCGAGCACCUGCAGUUCUUCGCCAGGAUCCGUGGUGACAACUGGGUGACGACGAACAAGGCCAUCGAGGAGAUCCUCGUGGCGUUCAACCUAUCCGAGAAGCGCGACGCCCUGGCCAGCUCGCUUUCUUGGGGCACGAGGCGAAAGCUUCAACUCGGCGUCGCCGUUGUCGGUAACCCUCAGAUCGUUGUACUGGACGAACCGACGGCAGGUGCCGACCCCGAGUGCAAGGGUGCUCUGUGGGAGUGCGUUCUGCGGUUCCACACGGACAAGACCAUGCUGCUGACCACACACAGCAUGGAGGAGGCCGACACGCUCGGAGACCGCAUCGCCGUGUUGGCCGCUGGCAGGAUGCGCUGCUGUGGCUCCUCACUCUUCCUACGCAACACUUAUGGUACGUGCCAUGCGGUUGCUGAUUUCUACAACGUUGUCCGGACUCUCGGUUUUGCGGCAUGUACGGGAUACUGGAUCCGCGUGGCUUUGGAAGAAGGCACCGUCGCCGAUGACCUUGCUGAAUUGACCCGCACCUUUCAAAAGCACGUACCCGAAGCCUUCGUUGAAGAUGGCGAUUAUAAGGCACCACUUAAUUACCUUCAUCGUGGCGGAACGCAGAAUAUCAAUGUUGGAGACGUCCGCGCCGAUACGCUCAUCGAGCUGCUGAAGGAGCUGGAGGAAAUGUGGAACGGGCGUCCGUUGCAAUGGCUCUCGGUCUACGUGGCAGCUCUCGAAGAUGUGUUGAGGCAGGUAGAGCAUGAUGCGGACCACAUUAAGACGCCGCAGCAGCCGCAGCAGACACCGAACGUUGAAGUGGCUCGACGAGAACCGACGGUAGGCUGCCCUGCCGCCGCGGUCGAGGCGAACUUUUCCUCUAGCGGCGAUUUGCGGCCCCGCUUGAGACAGCAGCUGGCCGCGCUCUUCACCAAGAAGCUACAGUACGGACGCCGCGACUACAGACUGCCCACGCUGAUGCUGCUGCUGCCGCUUUCGGUCCUGCUACUGUUCGUCUUCAUCAACCAGACGCACAUCUCUCGGAAGCUCAGCUACUCCGGGCCCGUCGAGUACUCGCUGCUGAACAUCUUCGGCCACACCGUCGCGUUCUACACCGCUGACGAGUCGACCAAGAGCGGACCUGCUAAGGAAUACGAGAAGUACCUAUCGCAGGAGCAAGGCGCCGAAGUGAGCGACCUUGGCAAUCACGAUCCACGCCCGUGGCUGCAGAACUUGGCGCUGAGCAACUAUCGCCGAUACCGCUCGCAGUAUAUCGUCGGCGCUCAGUUCAGGUCCACCAAGAACCUGUCGGGCGUGCCAGAGAGCGCCAUCUUGCCGGGAAACCACAUAGAAGACAACGAGACGGCCGUGGAGGUGACGGCGUGGCACAGCGGCUACUCGCCCCACUCGUCGGCCGUGUCUAUCGUUGCGGCGUCGCGCGCCUUCCUUCCCGGCUGGCGGCUGCGCGUGGUCAACCACCCGCUGCCCAAGGGUAACCCGAGACCGGAGCCGGACCCUUUGAUAGUGCUCGCCACGCGCUUGAUGUGCGCCGUCUUCGUGCCCGUCGGGCUGGCUUUCCUCGGCGCCACAUACGUCCUCUUCCCCGUACAGGUAGACAGUAUACAGACACUUUCACCCGCGCGUUCGGGCUCUCUAGUCCGUGCCCUCAAGUGA